GAAACAUAUUAUCUACAUAUCUGGAAUUAAAUCUUGAUUUUAAUCAUAGAAAUUAAACUAUUUAUUACCGGAAAACUGUAUUAAAUAGAUAAUCAUACUUUUUAUUUUAAUGGUUUGAUUUAUUUUAAUCAGAAUUAAAAAAAACACAACUAAAUAUGUCGAAACAAACGAAUUAUGAAUCAGAUUCUAUGCAUAAACCAUCUACGUUUCAUUUAUUACAUAAAAAAUGGAAUGUACUACGUACAGGUGUUUUAUGGGCUCAACGUUUAAAAUCUGUAAAGAAUACAAAAUCAUCCGACAUGACAUAUAGUCAUUUAAAUAAUAAAAGUUAUAAUUGUAGUUUCCCCAAUCAAAAUUAUAUUGUUGAAGACAAUAAUAUUAAUAAUAUUAGUAAUAAUAAUAAUAAUAAUACUAUUAACGUAACUACAUAUAAUUAUACACCGCAACGAACUCUGUCAAGUAUAACGAAAUUGAAUGACAAAGAUUAUGAUUACAUAGAUAAAUUACAGAAACGAAAUACGGUGAUUAAACAUUAUUCAUCUGCUAAACGUCUAGCAAAAACAUUCUCAUCAUCCAUAAAUGUGAACACAAUAACUUCAAAGUCAAAUGAUUUUGAGUCUUCUAAUGAUUUAUCAAAGAGUCCACUUUUAUUUUCAUCAAGAUUUCAAACAUCAAUGUAUGAAAGUAAUAAAGAUUUCAAAGAAGUACGUUUUAUAUGUGAAGAUUCUAGUAAACGGGACUCAGUGAAUACCGAUGAAACUAUUAUUAAUACUGAUACUACUAACAAUAAACAAGUAGUUAACACAAAUAAUCAUAAAACCAAUUACAAUGAGAAUAACAACACUAUCAGUAGUAGAAAAGAAUCAGUUCAUAACGAUUCAUCUGAGAAUACAAUGAAAACAUUCAUAAUAAAUGGAUUUUGGCCAGGCAAUCCAUAUUCACCUCUACCAUCACCGGAUAUAUCUAUCUUAGACUCUGAAUUAAAUGACAAUCAUUUCAUUCUUGACACAGAACUAACCAAUGAUGAUAAGAAUUUACAAAGACAUGAAAGUUGGCAAAGCUUAGAAUUGGAUACAGUACCUUCAUCAUCAGGAACAGGGGAAGUAGAAUCAUUGUCCACUAAAACAGUCAUAACUACAACUCCAACAACAACAACAAACAUAACAAAUGAAAACAAUACAGAAUUCAUAAUUAAUAAUCAAGACGGACAAGAUAAUGAACAAAUAGAUUUGGCAAGUAGACGUGGUCGAAGAUCAGCUAUAAUUGAUAAAAAAAAUUUGAUCGGUGAAACAGAAGUUGAAAAUCAAGACACUGCAACCAUUUCACAAAAUGUUAACAAAAAUUUAAAUGAAACUGGACAAGAACGUCCACCAAUUACAUCAUCAGUGAAUUCAUUUCGUGAACGACAAAAAAGAAUGUUACGUAAACAGAAUACUAUAUCCGAUUUAAGUUGUCGUAAUCAAAUAACUAAUACAAAUCAAGAUUAUGAGUUGAAACGAAGAGCUAAUGUUUUUAUGAAACUGAUUGAACGUGGUACACGUUCCAAGGAUUUAAAUGAGGCAUUACAAUCACUUAAAUCAUCAUAUUUUCAUGAUCAAUAUCUAGAAUCAUUUAGAGAUUCUCAUUGGUCACAAUUGGAUAAAAGUGGAAAUUCAGAAAAUAUGAUGACUGAUCGUGAAGUUCGUCGAUGUGAAGCAGUUUGGGAAUUAUUCAAAAGUGAACUGACAUUUUUUACUGAUCAUCUUAUGGUGCUUAAAAAUUGCUUUAUGGAACCAUUGAAAAAGUUACAAGUGGACGGAUAUCUUAUGUUUGUUGAACCGAUGCAUUUAUUUGGAAAUUUGGAUGAUUUGUGUUACGUUAGUCAUACAUUUUGCCGUGAACUUAUCAGUAAUUUAAGCCAAGAAUCAGUAUCAAAUGAAUUUGGUAGUACUGAUGUAUUACUUCGUCCAUUAAAAAGGUGGUCUGAACAUUCAAAAGAUGGUGAAAUUUAUCAUAAUUAUUGUUUAAAUUAUGAUUCAGCUUUAACUUAUUUAGAUAGUUUAAGAAAACUUGAACAUUUUAAUGAAUUUGAAAAGUGGUGUGAACAAGAUACUCGUUGUAGACGAUUACAAUUAACAGAUUUAUUGGUAGCACCAAUGCAACAUUAUAUGAAAAUACCAUUAUUAUUAAGCAGUAUUCGACGUUAUACAGCAUGUAGUGCUGAACAAGAAAUGUUAACAGCAUGUUUAACUAAAGUGGAAAACUCAUUGAAAUCACUGGAAGAUAAAAUGCGCUGGUUAAAAAACUUUGAACGACUUCAAGAAAUUCAAUCUCAACUUAUAUGGCCAUCAGUUUCAGAAUUAGAACCAAGAGUAUUCAUUCCUGAAUUUUUACGUCAAAGUUUAAUACGUCAACCAUGUGAACGAUUGAUUGCAAAUCCCAAACGACAAUUAUUACAUGAAGGUUUUUUAACAUUAAAUGAUGGAACUAAAACUAUUGAAAUAUUUGCUUUUUUGUUUGAUGAUUUUCUCCUGGUUACACGAAUUAAAAAGCCACCAAAAAAGAAAUCAUUUUCAGAAAAUCCUUUAGCUGGUCGUAGUCUAACAGAAGGUGGAGUAUUUGUUGUUUAUAGACAAGUGAUAGCACUUGAUCGUUUUACAAUUCAUGAUUUAGGAAUUGUUGAAGCAACCGCUAAUGGAUUACGAAAUGCAAUUGUACUUGUGCUGAUAACACGAUUUCAACAGAUUACAGGUGUUUACACCCUACAAGCAGCAAAUGAAUUAGAUAAACAAAGAUGGAUUGAAAAAUUACGUAAUAGUCAACAAGCAUUUCAAGAGAAAUUAAAACGUAAAUUAUACGGUAUUGAUAUGGAUCAACAUACAAAUAAGCAUAGUAAAUUAAUUAAUGCUAAAAAUAAACUACCUAAUCAAACAUCAAUAGCUGAUGAUUAUUUAACUACUAGUUUAUCAUUAGGUAUAAAAGAUACAAAUGAUAAAUUCAAUAAAUCAACUAAUUUAUAUGAAACGGAUAUUAUUGAUCAAAAGAAUGUAGAACAAUCAUUGAAAAAUUUAACUAAAUCUAAAACAAUUCAAAUAGACCAACCACAACAACAACAACAGGAACAACAACAAGAACAAGGUGAUAAUAAUUCACAAGAAGAUGAUCAUUCAAAUGAAAUGAUAAAUACAAUGAAUACAUCACAAAUAACUAAUGUUGAAGGAAAUUAUGCAACAGUAAAUAAUACUGUUAUUGUUAAUACACCGGAUAGAAAUAAUAAUACUGAAAAUUUGGAAUCAGGUAAUACUUUAUCUGGUAAUAUAGAUUAUUCAUCUGAUGAAUCGAUUUCAAAUAAUAAUAAUAUAAGAUCAAAUGAUAUUUUAUCAUUGCAUAAUAAAAAUCCAGAUUAUAUUAUUCGAAAUAGACAUAGUCUUGAUCCAAAUUUUGCUACAUUAAACAUAUCUGAUAGUAAAUAUUCUGAUUCGAUUAGUAUAACUAGUUCGUCAUCUGUAACAAUGAAUUCAUCAAAUACACAUAUACAAAUUACACCAAUAACAGAGAAACAAAUAGUAGCACCAAUAUUUUCACCACCUAGUUUAUUAUUAUUUGAUCGUGUUACACAACAUAAUGAAUUUCCUUAUGAAAUGACAAGACAAGUACAAUUUUCUCCACCAUUAUCACCAAUAUUACAUGCACCUUGUGCAAGUCUACCAUUGGAUAUAACAGCAGAAAGUGCAUACGAUUUAUCAGAUCGAUUGUUGUCAAAGAUGAAUAUCAAAGAUGAUUCUUCUAAAUUAAAUAAUUUGAUUAACAAAAGACCUAUUAAAGGUUAUUCAGCAUCACCUCCAGUGAAUCGUAAAAACGAUGAUUCAAAUUAACAAAUGAUCAAUCAUUUAAUCUGAUGUUGGUAUUUGUUAAUGCAAAAGCUAAAAUUAUUAUCAAUAAAGCAUCCAAGGAAUGAUCACAUUGAAUUGGAUGAAGAAUAUUGAAAAUGAAAAGUAUAAAUAUGCAUUUCUUCUCUAUUGUUGUACAUUAAGAUCCAGUUUAAAGAAAGAUCUAUUUUUAAAUUCAUUUCAUUUUAUAUCAUUAACCAAUUUAUGUACAAAACUUAACUUCAAAUGCAUUUAUGUAUAAAUUGGUUAAUAGAUCAGUGUAAUGUGAUAACUUGAUCAUUAUAUAUUGAAUUUUUCUACCUCCAGAUAUAUAUACAUAUACAUAUAUGAUGAUGAUUACAUAAUUCUUUGUUCAUGUACAACUGGAUUAUUACAUCUGACAAUCUUUUGAGUGUUUUUUGCUUGUGCGUAUGUGUGUGUGUAUGUAUUUGCGUGUGUUCAUUUAAAUGUUAUAAUACUUGUUGUUACAUCAUAUUAUUUGUCAUUGACAAUGAUCUAUUAUGCAAUAUUAAAUUGUCUUAUUAUUAUAUGAAAUCACAAAGAGAUGCAUUUAUGGUUAUAUAUAUAUAUAUAUAAUAAAUAAAGGUAUAUACAUUAGAACAUACUCAUAUAAUAUUAGACAAGAAAAAUAAUUCUUUGUUAUUAUUUUGAAAUUUUGUUUUCUAAAAUAUUUUUCUGAAAGUAAAUCUGUUUAUGAAAUGAGAUAAUGUUAUUCUUUCUUUUCUCUUCUCUUUUUUUCCCCUUUUUUAC